CGAAAGGCGAUAGGGCCCAACCAUGGCGCUAGAGCCCGCAGCACGGCCACCGGAGGAAACCCUGUUGCUCUGGGAACGGGAACAAGCCCGGCUGAAGACGCGCGUGGUGGCCCGGGACACGGAGGCCUGGCAGCGGGACCCCACCUUCUCGGGCCUGCAGAGGGUCGGGGGCCUGGACGUGUCCUUCGUAAACGGAGAGAGCUCCCGGGCCUGCGCUUCCCUGGUGGUGCUGAGCUACCCAGAGCUCGAGGUGGUGUAUGAGGACAGCCGCAUGGUUCGCCUGAAGGCCCCCUAUGUGUCAGGCUUCCUGGCUUUCCGAGAGGUACCCUUCCUGGUGGAGUUGGUACAGCGGCUGCAGGAGAAGGAGCCAGACUUCAUGCCCCAGGUCCUUCUUGUGGAUGGAAACGGGGUACUUCACCAACGAGGCUUUGGAGUGGCCUGCCACCUUGGUGUCCUUACAGAUCUGCCCUGCAUUGGGGUAGCAAAGAAGCUCCUGCAGGUGGAUGGGCUAGAAAACAAUUCCCUGCACAAGGAGAAGAUUGUACUCCUUCAGGCUGGGGGAGACACGUUUCCUCUGAUGGGCAACUCUGGUACUGUCCUGGGAAUGGCGCUGAAGAGCCAUGACCACAGCACCAAGCCCCUCUAUGUCUCUGUGGGCCACAGAAUAAGUCUGGAGGUCGCUGUGCGUCUGACCCACCACUGCUGUAGGUUCCGGAUCCCAGAGCCCAUACGCCAGGCUGACAUCCGCUCCCGAGAGUACAUCCGAAGGACUCUAGGACACCCUGGGUCUCAAGCACAAAGGCAGGAGAGGAGCCAGAAGGACCAGGGGCCAAAGGCAUGCCCCAAAGGUAGUCCAGGAUCACCUGCCGACCAAGGCAGGCCCCCCAAGGACUGUGACAGAGGCCCCAGCACGGACCCCAAAGAUCCCCAUCCAGGCUUCCAGGAGCAGCCAAAAGCUCAGCAGUCAGAAGGAACUGGGCAUCAUGAAGACUCAGACCUCUGGCCUCCUCCAGCCUGGUUACAGUCGCCACCCUGAGAAGAUGAUCUUUAGGAGCUGUGGGAACCUCACCCACAGCCACAGGUCGAGCACCAGGCCCCCCUGCCAGAGGCAACAACAGCCGAAUCCCCAGAAGGACACAGCAGGCAUAGUCUACCUUGGGCCAUGGCUGCCCAGCCGCCUCCAUCACUAGCUGGUCAGUGUGGUCACCAUGCUCCAGCAGGACAACAUUUCAGACCAGGAAACACACACAGAGUAUACAGGAGCUCCAGGUACCCAGAGGUCCUGAGAUUGUCAGCCUGUGCCAGCACCUGCAGCUCUGACCGUCCCCCUGGAAUACAGACCUGGUUCUGACUUGGCUCUGACUUCCGCUGCCAUCCUGGCCACAGACUGUCCUUCAGUAGGCAUAGCCAGACUGCAACCCCCAAGGUGCCUGUCCUUAAGCCUGGAGCUGAGCUUGAGGGACCUGCAGUGGGAAAGCCUCAAACCUGGAGCAGGCUCAAGAGUGGGUGUUGGGGAGUCAGCUCCGCAGAGGGUGCCAGAUGGGAAGCCGGUUGAGGCCCAUGGUGAGAAAGCCCCAGGCUCAGCUCCUCACUCCUCUUCCUGCCACCCUCUCACCAGAGGGAGCGUCAAAAUUCCAUCCCACCAAGAAAGCAGGUCUGUUCCUAGGCUGGGCCUGGAGUGGUGACUGCGGCAGGCCACAGAGGAGGCUGACGAGAAGCUCAGCUCCAGCACCCUGUUCUCCCACACACACUCUCCAGGUUCACUAGAGUGGCAGCUGAGGUGGGACACAGAGGUGACAUACCUGUAACAUGUCCUCUGCCUGCACCCUAAUCCCCAGACUUCCUGGAGGAGAGGUGGUGGGCUAGGCUAGCUGCCAAAUUCUACACCCGUAGGGGGUCAGUGGUGGAGGAAGGACAGCAGGGCUAGCUCUCCUGUCACAGCCAGUCCCAUUUAGAUUCAGCUGGGCCGCUGAGUCUCCCUUCUAAACCAGGUAGUAGUGACUGUCAAGAUCCCUUGGGGGUAGGGCUGCUGGUUCCCACUCCCUGGGAUUUUGGUUUGGGACACUGGGGAAGAUACAUGUGGUCCUGUCACCCAGUCAGUUCCCAGUAAAUUAGGUGUGUGGCAGAGAGAGGCAACCUCCCCACCACACACCUGAUGUAAGAACCUCAGGGACACCCAUGGUGUCUGAGCAGGAAGUUAAUCCCUAUGGUGCCCACAUCCCCCACCUUCUUUAGGGGGCUUGUGGGAAGGGAAGUGUAUGCUUAACGAGGGAAUCCCCCCCAGCUGUGGCCUCACUCUACCUACUGCUGAGUCAGAGUCCCAGGCUAGUACCUUGGAUCUAACAGAGUGCCCCAGACUGGCAGGUUUCCAAGAGGUGCAGCCCCCACUGGCCCUCCCCUAUCACUCACAAACACUGUACACAUACAUGCUUGCACACUCACACAUAUACGCAUGCACAUACACUCGUUCCCUGGCUUUCCUGUGGAAGCCAAGAGCUGGAGAGCCUGCAGCUGGCCCCACCAUCUGUCUUCCUAAUUUCUCCCUCCUCAAGCCUUGUCAAGACAGAGUUGUGGAGGGGAGUAUUUUUUUUUGGGGGGGGAGUUGGAAACAAAAGGUUGGGGUUAAACUGUAGUGGCCAGAGUCCUCAUGAAGAGCUUAGAUGUUGAGCGGGGAACAAGGCCUGGCCAGCCUCCCAUGCAGCUGGAAGGUGCCACAGGACAGGUGGGUGAGGGCUUCACACAGGGUCCAACACACAGAUCCUCGGGUGAGGAAAAGCUGUUAGCUUAGAGAAGUUGGCUCCAGAGGCCAAGGCCAUCAGUCUUUAAGGCCAGCCUUACAGAUAACGAGAAAAACAACUUUAAAGAGUCCUCAAUCCACACCUCACUUGAGCAGGCAGUCCCUCCCACUCCUGUGAGCCACCAGAGUAUGGCUGGGAACCCAGUCUGGCCACCCCUGUCUCAUCUGUUCCACUCCAGCAGGAGACCUUCCCGGGGACACACAGAAGUCACACACCUGCCCAGGACCCUGACACCACUCAGGCCCUCUUCUCUGUCACGGUGGCCAUUUUCCCGGGGAGGGUGGCUCUCCAGGCUGCCAGUGCAAACACACAGUGAGGUGCAGGGCGGAGCCUGAAGGCAGCUUAUAGGUAACUUUUGUGUGCUUUGUUCUGAGAGAAGAUCCUUUUGGCUCAGUCAUUAAAUACAGCUUGUUGACUUCUGCAAUAUUCAAUCCGGGUGUGCGCAGCUGUCUGUGUGGGCCCAGCCAGUGGGGAGCUUGAGACCGGAGGACCACCAGCCUGACCACACUGGCCAACAAAAAGAGGAUUCGUUGUCUCAUGCAGCUAUUGCCUCUUUUGCCCCAAAGCAUUUUCAUUGUUAUAAGGGAGCCCUGUGAGGGACCUCCAGUCCCCACCCUUCCCCACGAGAAUCUGCCAGCCCAGCCAGCCCACUUGGUGUGUAUAGGUCUGCCUGUUUCCAGGCUCCUAGGUGGGGUGCCACGUGUCCCAGUUCACUCCUCCUUGUGACUG